AUGGACCCGGGCCCGGGAGCGGAACUGGCUGGCCCGGGGGAUGUGACCGCAGAGGGGCCGCCUGCGCCCCGGCCCCGCCGCCGCAGCUCCCUGCGCCGCCUGCUCAACCGCUUCCUGCUGGCUCUGGGCAGCCGCGCCCGCCCCGGGGACUCGCCGCCACGGCCCCGGCCCGGAUCCUGCAAUGGCGAAGGCGAAGGGGGCUUUGCCCACGCCCCAGUCCUGGCUCGAUCGGCGCCCGGGAGCCCCGGCGAGGAGCGCCAGCCCAGACCCCAACCCCAGCUGCCCGCUGGCGACGGGGCGCGGCCCCCAGGCGCGCAGGGACUGAAGAACCACGGCAACACCUGUUUCAUGAACGCCGUGGUGCAGUGCCUCAGCAACACCGACCUGCUGGCGGAGUUUCUGGCGCUGGGACGCUACCGGGCAGGGCCGGGCCGAUCCGAGGUCACCGAGCAGCUGGCGGCGCUAGUGCGCGCGCUCUGGACGCGCGAAUACACGCCCCAACUUUCCGCCGAGUUCAAGAACGCUGUUUCCAAGUAUGGGUCUCAGUUCCAAGGCAAUUCCCAACACGACGCCCUGGAGUUCCUUCUCUGGCUGCUGGAUCAUGUGCAUGAGGACUUGGAUGGCUCCUCCCAAAGCGGCGUGUCCGAGAAGCUUCAGCCUGAAGCCAGUAAAAACUCUGAGAACCUGUCACCAACUGCUCAGCUUCCUCUAGGUCAAAGCUUUGUGCAAAGCCACUUUCAAGCACAAUAUAGAUCUUCCUUGACCUGCCCCCACUGCCUGAAACAGAGCAACACCUUCGAUCCUUUCCUGUGUGUGUCGCUACCCAUCCCUUUACGCCAGACCAGAUUCUUGAGCAUCAUCUUGGUCUUCCCAUCUAAGAGCCAGCGGUUCGUGCGGGUUGGCCUGGCUGUGCCGAUCCUCAGCACAGUGGCAGCUCUGAGGAAGAUGGUUGCAGACGAAGGCAACAUCCCUGCAGACGAGGUGAUCUUGGUGGAACUGCAUCCCAGUGGAUUCCAUCGGUCCUUCUUUGAUGAGGACGACUUGAAUACCAUUGCAGAGGGAGACAAUGUGUAUGCUUUUCACGCUCCUUCAUCACCUGGCCAGGGGAAACCCUCAGUUCAUCCAUCUGGUCGGCCGGUCUCCCCCCGCUUGGCAACCCAUGAAGGCCAGCAAGAGAACAAGGUGCUAAUCCUCUUCUGUAACUUGGUGGGGUCAGGGCAGCAGGCUAGCAGGUUUGGGCCACCUUUCCUGGUGAGGGAAGACAGAGGCGUUUCCUGGCCCCAGCUCCAGCAGUGUAUUCUCAGUAAAGUCUGCUAUCUCAUGAAGAGUGAGGCCCCCAUGCAGUUGGGUAACCUGGGGACGCUGUUCUCCAUCCGGGUCGUGGGGCAUUCCCUGGCCUGCAGCUACUUAUCCCCGCAGGACGGUCGGCCCCUCUAUCACUGGGCAGUUGACAGGGCUCUGCACCUUAGGAGGCUGGGCGGCCCCCGACACGUCAAGUUGGCCGUGGAAUGGGAUAGCCGUGCUAAGGAGCGCCUGUUUGGGAGUCUCCAGGAGGAGCAGGUCCCGGAUGCAGACAGCGUGUGGCAGCAGCAGCAAGCACACCAGCAGCCCAGCUGCACCCUGGAUGAGUGUUUCCAGUUCUACACCAAGGAAGAGCAGCUGACCCAGGAUGAUGCGUGGAAGUGUCCCCAUUGCAAAGUCCUCCAGCAAGGGACAGUGAAGCUGAGUCUGUGGACCCUGCCCGAUAUCCUCAUCAUCCACCUCAAAAGGUUCUGCCAAGUCGGGGAGAGAAGAAACAAGCUCUCCACGCUGGUGAAGUUUCCGCUCGCCGGCCUCAACAUGGCCCCCCACGUGGCCCCAAGAAGCAGUGGCCCCCAGCCCGGGCCAGGCCCCUGUCCUUCCUGGAAGCAGCCAGCCUGCCUGCCCAACGGCUACCCGCUGGACUUCCUGUACGACUUGUAUGCUGUCUGCAACCACCACGGCAGUCUCCAAGGUGGGCAUUACACAGCCUACUGCCGGAACUCUCUGGAUGGCCAGUGGUACAGUUAUGACGACAGCACCGUGGAACCACUUCGAGAGGAUGAGGUCAAUACCCGAGGGGCUUACAUUCUAUUUUAUCAGAAACGAAACAGCAUCCCUCCCUGGUCGGCCAGCAGCUCCAUGAGAGGUUCUGUAAGCUCCUCCGUAUCUGAUCACUGGCUCAUGAGGCUUGGGAGCGACAAUGGCAGCAAAAGGGGGAGCUUGCUAUCCUGGAGCUCCGCCCCCUGCCCCUCCCUGCCCCCCAUGCCCGGCUCUCCUGUCUUCAAUAACGGCCUCUUCCAUCAGAAAAAGGCAGGGUUGGAGACCAGGCCAUUGGCGCGGAGCAUCCGAGGCAGAAGCAUCAGCAUGAAGGUUCCCACCCCUUCCCGAGCCAAGCAGGGAGCCUUCAAGACUAUACCCCUCCGGUGGUCGUUUGGACCCAAGGAGAAACCAUCUGGUGCAUCCGUGGAGUUGGUGGAGUACUUGGAGUCCAGACGGAGACCUCGACCCACAAGCCGGUCCAUUGUGCCCCUGCUGACAGGCGCCGCAGAUGGGGAAGAGAGGUCAGCCACGCCGCGCUCAAACUCCGCCCUUUCCGCGCAAGAUGAAGACAGUGGGCGAGCCAGUCGGGGCGCAUUGGCCGGGGUGCCCCGCCCUUCGGCCCACCCCAACCACUGUCCGGUCCCUGGAAACUCAGAUGGUCUAAGCGCCACAAGGAAACUACAGGAAAACAUAAGUCCGGAUAUCAGGCUUCCCAAAAAGUUUGACCUGCCCCUCCCUGUGACGCCCUCAGCUGAGAGUGAGAAACCAUCCCGACCCGAGGGCCAGAGGAGCGAGAACUGUAAGGCGAGCGGCCAUCUGGGAAGUAGUAGCAGUGCAUCCUCCCCCAAGGAGAUGCCCAACGCUGCGGAGUUAUCUAGAAAUAGUAAGGACAAUAGCCAGAAUAUGGUAGCCAAGGUAAGGGCCAGUGUGGAGGAAAGGAACUCGGAGACAGACAGAUUCCAGCAGGGGACACUCACCCUCCUGAGGUCUGUGUUUUGGAAAAAGGAGAACAAGAGGAAGAGCCACAGGGCAGAGGUUUCCCCCCAGGCGUCCUCAGGCAGUCUGGUGCGUGGCAGGCUGAGCACAGCUUCUGAUGCGCAGACUCGAGGCCCGUCCCCUUCGCUGGGGAUUAGAGAGAGCCUGGCCAGGGACCCGGCCAGCUACCUGGAGAGGGACGUCUGCUCCGCGCCCAGCUCUCUCCACCUCCCUCGCAAAGCCAGCAGGCCCACGAGGGGCAGCACUUUUAGCACAUCCCAAAGGAGCGUUCCAGGGGAACAGACUUCCUACAGCACCUUGCAGAGGGUGAAAUACCACACUCUUUCCUUAGGCCGGAAGAAGACUUUGCCUGAAUCCAGUUUUUGAAGGCGCAUUCCAGUAUUGUGUGAGACUGGCUGGCAUUCUUGCAGUUUUGCACCUAGGUGGGCGCACCAGUAGGUAGCCUGUGUUAAGAGUGGGCUUUUGUUAAGUCAGUUGUCUUGUAAAAAAAUUUUUUUUUUCGUUCU